UAAACUGACAGCUGGACAGCUGUAAUCUGUAAUCGUAUUAUAGGUUUUUAUUUCAAGUAUCCAUUUACAGACCAAGGUAAAAAUAAAUGUUCUAUUUUCAACCAUAUGUGAGAGACAGAUAGAAUGUACUACAGUGUGCCAGAAACUUCUUCGUGUAUAUAAAAGCCGAACCGGUGCUAACUUAAUAAACACAUUCUCGAUAAAAGAUGGGGAUAAAUAAUGAAGAAGCCGAAACUUACAAGAAUAAAGGUAAUGAAGCGUUCAAAUCUGAAAAAUACGAAGACGCGGUGUCCCUUUACACUAAAGCGAUUAAUUUAUCUGAAAACGAUAGCCGAGAUAGAGCAACUUAUUUGAAAAAUCGUGCAGCUGCAUAUCUCAAGUUAAAAGAGUACAAAAAGGUUAUAAAGGACUGUGAUGAAUCAUUACUAAUUGUACCCGAAGAUCCUAAAGCUCUUUUCCGGCGUGCACAAGCAUUGGAAAGUGAGGAAAGGUUUGAAGAAGCUUAUAGAGAUGCAAAAACCAUAUUUACUGUGGAUCCAGCAAAUAAAGCUAUACAGCCAGUAUUAUCUCGCCUGCAUGCUAUUGUUCAAGAAAGAGUGAGAAAAAAUGCACAGACAAGUAGUAAAGUUGAUCAAAUGUUUAAGUUAGCAUUUGAAAUAAGUGAGGAAAAAGAUAAACGUCAGAAGGCAAUGACUAACUUAGUUGUGCUUGCUAAAGAAACAGCAGCCGCUGAUUUUAUGAUUAAAAAUGGUGUUGUUCAAAAGAUACAACAGUUACUAAAAGUAGAGAAGAAUCAAGAGAUAUACAUAAAUGCAAUAAGAGUUAUUGGUCAGUUAUGUAAAAAAAAUGUGGAGAGCACAGUAACUGUUAUUAAAGUAGUUGGCAUACCUUGGUUUUUAGAGAUAAUUGACAGUGAUAUUGAAGAGAGGGUCAAUGCUGCACAGUACUGUCUCCAAGGUAUACUUAACACAUUCUCCGGUAUGGAUACAAAGAAAGAAACAAAACCUGACACUCAGUUAUGUGAAAAAUACAAAUCUGAAAUUGACACAUUGCUUACAUGUUUGACUUAUUCAAUAACUAACCGUGUCAUUACUGGUAUGGCUCGGGAUGCUAUCAUGGAACUAAUAAUGAGAAACUGUCAUUAUAGUGCAAUAAACUGGGCGGAAAGGUUUGUAGAGAUCAGAGGUCUCCAACGUCUGCUGGAAGUCUGCAGUGAACUUGAAGAGUAUAGAUAUGAAUCGGCAAUGAACAUCACCCCUUCAUCAGCUACUAUUGCAGCAGCUUGUCUCGCCAGGAUUUAUGAAAACAUGUAUUAUGAUGAAGCGAGAGAAAGAUUUAAUAACCAAGUUGAUGAAUUUGUUAAAGAUAAGCUCCUGACUCCAGAUCUUGAAUCAAAAGUGAGAGUGACAGUUGCUAUAACCUCACUUCUCCGAGGACCACUUGAUGUUGGUAAUUAUGUUAUUUCUAAAGAAGGAAUAAUGGAGAUGAUCCUUGUUAUGGCUCAAACUGAAGACAUACUUCAACAAAAAGUAGCAUGUGAAUGUUUGAUUGCUGCAGCAUCUAAGAAAGAUAAAGCUAGAGCUAUUAUCAACAAAGGCGUUGAAAUUCUUAAAAAGUUAUAUACCAGCAAAAAUGAUGCAGUAAGAGUUAGAGCUCUGGUUGGUCUUUGUAAGAUAGGCAGUUUUGGUGGUGAUGAUGCUUCAAUCAGACCAUUUGCAGAUGGUUCUACUAAAAAGCUUGCAGAAGCUUGUAGGAAAUUUUUGGUCAAUCCAGCUAAAGAAAAGGACAUGAGAAAAUGGGCGGCAGAAGGCCUUUCAUAUCUCACUUUGGAUGCUGAUGUCAAAGAAAAAUUAGUGGAAGAUAGAGCUGCCAUACAAGCACUUAUUGAAUUAGCUAAGACUGGUGACCAGUCUUGUCUUUAUGGUGUUGUUACAACAUUGGUCAAUGUGUGCAAUGCCUACGAAAAGCAAGAGGUGAUGCCAGAAAUGUUGGAACUUGCUAAAUUUGCAAAGCAUCAUAUACCUGAGCAACAUGAACUAGAUGACCCUGAUUUUGUUAACAAAAGGUUAACUGUGCUUUGUAAGGCUGGUGUUACCACAGCUUUAGUAGCUCUGUCUAAAACUGAAAGUCACAAUUCUAAGGAACUGAUUGCGAGAGUAUUUAAUGCUAUAUGUAGUCUCCAAGAAUUACGAGGUAUUGUUGUUCAACAAGGUGGAGCAAAAAUUUUGAUACCUAUGGCUUUAGAGGGUACCCAAAAUGGUAAAAAGCAAGCUGCCCAAGCUUUAGCAAGGAUUGGAAUUACAAUUAACCCUGAAGUAGCAUACCCUGGUCAGAGAAAUUUAGAAGUGGUAAGACCUUUGAUUGCACUUCUACAUCCAGAUUGUACUGCAUUGGAGAACUUUGAGGCACUUAUGGCUUUAUGCAAUUUAGCUGGUAUGAAUGAGACUACGAGGAAUAGAAUCUUAAAGGAAGGUGGACUAUCUAAGAUAGAACAAUACAUGUUUGAAGAGCAUAUAAUGUUGCAAAGAGCAGCAACACAGUGCAUUUGCAACUUACUGCAAUCGGAAGAAGUAAUAAAAACGUAUGAAGGCAAGAAUGAUAAAUGUAAAUUUCUGUAUCUAUUGUGUCAAGAGGAAGAUAUGGACACAGUUAUGGCGGCGGCAGGCGCGUUGUGCAUUUUGACGUCUGUUAGCAAAGACUGCUGUAGAAAGUUACUGGAUUGUCAAGCCUGGCUGGAGAGCCUUAGAGUAUUGCUGGCCAAUCCAAAUAAAGAAAUCCAGUAUAGAGGCACAUAUAUGUUAUAUAACAUUAUCUCCGGCGAUAAAGAUAUCGCUGUCAGAAUUUUCGAAACUGAUGUCAUGGAAAUAUUAAUGGCUUUAACAAAGUUAGAAGAUCCUGAUGUGAAGAAGACUGUAGAAUUGGCACAGAAAUGUCUUAAUACCGCCGAGAGUAUGGGACUGAUCAGGAAACCAGAUGAAAAUGUAGUUCUUGAAUCAUUAAAUGAAAAUGAACAGGGCGAAGAAGAAAAUGAAGAUUAAUCUUAAGUUUACGUAAAAAUUUAUUAUUUUGAUUUUCAUGUAUGAUUUAACAUUUAUUUAUGGUUUAAAUAAGGCUAAAAUAAUUCAAAA